UGCAGGGAAAGUCCCGGGCCGGACAAUGCGCGAGCCCCGGGCAGCCUGCGCCGAGCCGGGUUCGGGUCCGGGACGCGGCCCCCGCACGAGCCGCCUGCAGGUACCGGCCGGGCUGGGGGGGGGCAAAGGGUGACUGCGCCCCCCAUGGGCCAUAGCCCCGACUCCGUCCCCACAGCGAGCCCCUCGGCCGGGCCGGGACAGGAGCGGCCCCGGCCCCGGCCCCGGCCCCAGCCAUGGGCGAGUGGAGUUUCCUGAGCUCGCUGCUGGACGCCGUGCAGGAGCACUCGCCCAUGGUGGGCCGCUUCUGGCUGGUGGUGAUGCUGAUCUUCCGCAUCCUCAUCCUGGCCACGGUGGGCAGCGACAUCUUCGAGGACGAGCAGGAGGAGUUUGUCUGCAACACGCUGCAGCCGGGCUGCAAACAGGUCUGCUACGACAAGGCCUUCCCCAUCUCCCACUACCGCUUCUGGGUCUUCCACAUCGUGGUGCUCUCGGCGCCCGCCCUGCUCUUCGUCAUGUACGCCAUGCACCAGAGCGGCAAGCUGCGGCAGGGCGAGGAGGGCGGCUCCGCGGGCCCGCCCCGGCUGCAGCCCAGCCAGCGCACCCACCACGUCCGCACCUUCUACCUGGUCAACGUGGCCAUGCGCAUCCUGGCUGAGAGCAGCUUCCUGGUGGGGCAGUGGCAGCUGUACGGGUUCCAUGUGGAGCCACACUUCACCUGCCAGCGCUCGCCCUGCCCCCACUACGUGGACUGCUUCGUGUCCCGGCCCACCGAGAAAACCAUCUUCAUCCUCUUCUACUUCGUGGUGGGCGUGGUCUCCACCCUGCUCAGCCUGGUGGAGCUGGCCCACCUGCUGGCCAAGGACAGGUGCCAGGGGACGGUGGCCAACAAGCCCCCGGCCGCCUCCUACGAGCAGCAGGAAAACUGGUCCAACCAGGCGCACGAGCAGUGCCAGCACUUCCUGCCCCCAGGCAACGGGGGCGCCAAGGGGGCGGCCUGCAGCGUCCCCAACCACUACCAGCCCUCAGCGCUGUUCCGGCCCCAAGCUCCCUCCAUGGGCAGCAAGGCCUCCCAGGCCGCGGCCAGGGCCGAUUUGGUGGUCUAGGGCACACGCUACGGCCCAGCUCCCAUCUGUGCCAGUCACCAGGCCCUCCGCUUAGCAGGGCCACCGCAGCAAAACCACUGACCUGAGCGGGACGUUCUCAGCCCUGAGUGGCCAGGGCCCGCGGUCCGUACCAGCCCCGUACAGCCUGGCAGAGACCUGCCCUCCUGCCUUGGGCGCACAGAGGGCCCUGAGUCUAGGGCACAAAGCCCCUCAUGCCACAAGCGGGCAGAGAGCUGAACUGGGUAUUGCCCUGUCAGGAAAGGAGCCAGCCCGCUACAAGGAGUGACAGCGCGGCCCAUGGGUUUGAGCAUUGGCUGGCACAUGGGAGAGCUGGGGUCUCGUUCCAGCUGGUGUAGGCGACCAGACGAGGGGCAAUGAACCGACCCAGCCCCUAUGCCUGCUGCUCAUCCGGGGGACGAAACUGUUCCCGAAGACAGGAAGCUGGGUGGGGCGGGCAGGGAUAGGGGGCUCUGGGGCCAGGUGAAACGGCAUCGCCAAUUUUUAUACCUUUGUGUGAAUAAA